AUGGGAGCUCUUGCUAUGGGUCCUGCAGCAGGAGUUAUUGCUGGAAUUAAUAUGCUUGUUGCAAGUGUCGGAGCUGAGACUGUCAUGGCUGGGAUUGGAUUAACGGCAAGUGCAGCAGCAGCAGCUACUGUGACACAUCAGAGCAAAUUAAAAGCAUCGCAGCGUAAACGAGAAAGGAUUAGAAAAGGCGAGUGGGCGAUGGAAAUCUGCUGGAAUUGUAAACAAAGCUUUGCCACUGCACAGUCGGACGAAGCUUGUCGAAAGGAUGCGGAAUUUCUCCGCCGUUUUCAGGUUACCAACUUGCAAAAGGACCGAGAUCAAGCACAUUGCUCGGACAAGAGUGAUAAUACACUUAAGGAAGCUCUUUCAAGUGAUGAAAGAAGUUUGAUGGUGUCAUUGGAGACCAUGCCAGAUGAUGCGGAAGUGUAUCGAUUCCUAUUUCGUAUUUUUGCUUCACCUGGUGAACUUCUUGGACAGAUGAAUGUUCAGCUAUGUGAGGCGUUUCGUAAACGCUUUAAUGAUCGACACCAAAAGCAGCUGAGACGAUCAAGUUUUAUUAGAAAAUCAAACUCUGCCAAGAUAGAUGGAGCUCGUACUUUGGCAAAGGAUACUCUUCAAGAUACCAAGAUGUACAUUGCGCACGUGCUAGGCGCGACGUUGCAGUGCUUUCCAAGUUUGGCAAGUACUUCUCAAUCCAUAAGCAGCUGUACUCUUGCUAUUGAGCGUAUUAUUUACGACGACAUUCAUGCACUAGUGUUUCGUGAGUUUCGGCGAGCGUUUCAGGACGCAGAGACUGCAUUUGCUUCAAACUUGGAGAAUAUUCGACGUGAAGAAAAGCAUCACUCGUCGGCACUACUCCAACUACCACAUCAGAACCAAAGCGAUGGGAACAUGAGACACCCUCAGCAUGCUAUGCUAGCGGAAGAUCUUCAGAAGGCUGAAGCUAAAAUGAUCACCAUGAUGCAAGAGACAUCUUCCCCGCUAUUGAAACUAAUGCUUCUCUGCGAUGCUUUCAGGAGCAUUUGCUGGUUUGCGGAGAAGCUGCACAAGUCAGCGUCUAACACAGACAUGUUAAUCCCCAUUCUGUGCGCCUUCCUGGUGCAAAGUCCGCGAGUGUGUCGUGCUGAUUCAGAUUUUGUGGCAGAGAUUGCUUUCAUAUCCUUCUUUACUAAUGGCGGGGGCAAAGGUGUUGAGGGCUACGUGCUGACGAUGUUUCAAGCGGCCAUCCAGGUCAUUGCAGCUGUUGAUCUACCAAGUGGGCAUGCAAUGGAGCUAGAACUUUUCUUUGAUGAUGACAAAAGUGAAGCAAGUGAUGAAACAGAAGAUGACGAAGACAAGUUUUUUGAUGCAAUGUCUAUUGCAACACGAGAGUCUCAAUUGCAGCAGAGUUGA